AUGAAUCGGGCAGCACUCAGCACUCAGCACUCAGACGUGCCGGCGUUUGAAACGAAACGUAAGGCGAAAAUGAUUGAAACGAUUUGCAGAUACCAGUGGAUAGCAGGCAGCUGGUCCGUUUGUGCAGAGGCCAGUCCCUCCAGGACCUCUCAUCAUGGAUUGUAUGGAGUGCAGCAUGAUGUCAGGACAAUGUCAGGGCAGCAUGACGUUGGUGCGAGAAGAAGAAAGAACUGUGUCGGCAUUCAAAACAGAACCAUCAUUUGCAUUCAAACCGACGACAAGACACCAGUAGAAGACAGGCGGUGUCGCCACAUGCCCCCUCUCUACGUCCGCAACUGCUCCCUGCCUUGCCAGCGUAACUGCAUUCUCAGCCAGUGGUCCCCCUGGUCUCGUUGCGACGCCGAUGAAGACGCUGAUGGUGGUGGUGGUAGCGAUGGUGCAACAUGCAGGGUCAACUCUCCGCCAACAAUGAUGACUCGAACAAGAACUCGGUCAAUCAUGCAACAAGCAUCCAAUCAGGGCCAGGAAUGUUCCUCUCUCUCCCAAUCACAAUCUUGUCCUCAUUUCAGCUGCUUUCAUUGGAUGGUAUCUAAUAGAAGUCCUUGCAUGAUCAGUUCCAGAUACGCAGUUGAUGCUGGCAGUGGUGAAGGUGGUGAUGGUGGCGGUGAAAGUGGUGGAAACACCGGGAAGAACGUCACUUGCGGUGUUGGUGAUCGAAGUCUUGAAGUCCUGUGCGUCGAUAGGAAGGGGGUUGUCGUUCAAGCAGGCAACUGUUCAAAUCUGCCCAGACCGAGCCAAGUGGAAAGUUGUGUUGUGCCAUGUGACCUAGAUUGCAUAAUAUCUUCGUGGUCUCAUUGGUCAGAAUGUUGGUCAUCAAAUUUUUACGACUCCACCUACAAACAGAGCACGCACAGAAGCAGGUACAAAGAAAUUUUGGCGACCUCAGCUCCUGGGGGCAUGGAAUGUACUAGCUUGCGAUUGGUCGUUGACAAAGAUAUGUGCCCCGCCCACGAUGCACCCAUUUAUCAAUGGCAAACCAGCAAUUGGAGUGUUUGCACGCCGAUCAACCAGCUGGAGAAGAAAGAUGAAGAUGGAACGUGCAGGAAUGCAGGCAUGCAACACAGGCAGGUCGCAUGCGUGCAAGUCAACGGCUCAAAAAUGCACAACAGAAAAUGUUCCUCUGAACAUAAACCAUCGAGCAGGAGACAAUGUGUUGUACGAUGUGCCAAUGUCGAUUGCGUCGUCACACUCUUUUCCCAUUGGUCCAAAUGUUCGGUCACGUGUUUGCACGGUGGGUGGGUAGGAAACGAAACGAAAUUCGGUCAUCAAAAAAGGGAGAGGUUUAUUUUGAUCCCCCCCUCUGGUUUCGGAGUGAACUGUCCUCAUUUGCAGGAGCAGAGGCCGUGCAGUGCCCUUCCGACGUGCACCAUUUUUAAAUGGGGGGUGGGCGAGUGGAGUCAGUGCCUGUUUCCAUCAAACCAGGUCAAAUGUGGAACGGCUGUGAGGAGAAGAAAUGUAUUCUGCUAUGAUUGGACGAAUCAAGAAUAUAAACCAGUUGAAUACUGUUCAGCCAUUGACAAGUUCAAGCCUGAUUGGUUGGAAAAAUGUUACGUACCGUGCCGACAGGAGUGCCUCUUUUCUCAUUGGUCAGCUUGGAGUCUGUGUUCCAAGAGAUGCAAUGGGGUUAGGUGGAGAAGAAGAACACUGGAAGGCUACAACGUGUCCGCCAAUCACGGAAGCACAUGCAUUGGUGGCAACGAACGCCAUUCCUUCAUCCAAUCAAAACGUUGCAAUCUAUGCAGGCACGGGAUCGUUAAAGCAAUCGGCCAAUCAGCUGACUGCAUUUUAAAUGACCUCGUUUGGCAAAAUCAUUCAAUUGGAAAGAAGCAUUCCUCUGGCAUGGGAGAGAUGAUGCCGUCAAAAGAAUAUUGCGGUGUUGGUAGUAAUUAUCGUGCUCAGGUCUGCAACCACACUGGCCUCAACAUGCACCCUGCUUCUUGCGGCAAUGCAUCAACCUCUCUCUUGAAAGUGGACAUUUGUUUGAUGUCAUGUAAGCGGGAUUGUUUUAUGAGCAACUGGACCACCUGGACCGCCUGCCAACCCAAGCAACGCUGCGGCAUCGGCCAAAUGACGAGGAGGAGGCACCUGUAUGAAGGGGGGCUGGACGGGGGAAGGGAAGUUGAAAAGCAGCCAUGCCAGGUGUCGUGUGAUCAAUAUCAGUGGUGGACUGACGAUUGGAACAUUUGUUCACCUGUCGUCCAAUCAGCUGCCAUGGAGUUUAAACUGGACCAAUGCGGUGAGGGCUUCCAAACGAGGAUUGUCAGAUGUUUAAAAGUGAACUCUGAUGGAGCGAGUGAGCAAGUAAAUGAAAGCAUGUGCGAUGAAAGAAUGAAACCUCAUCAGUCCAUCUCAUGCAACAUUGCCUGUCACCAUCAGUGUAUUGUCAGCCAGUGGUCAGCCUGGUCCAGUCCACAGUGUUUGAUGGAUUGUGGUUACAGCAACAACAACAACAACGUCACCAACAACAACAACACUCAACAACUGCAACAACAUCGAUAUCGAGCGAUCCUUCGCAACAGCAACAACUUGCCCUGCCCAGCUCUCCACGAGAUGAGAUCGUGCCAGCUUCAUCAGCAGCUCGUCUGCCAGCCACACGUGCUCGCCUGGUCGUCGUGGGGGCGGUGCAUCAUGUUCACUGACGUCAUCGAAGGCGUAACGAACGAAUACGAGUGUGGCGUUGGGAGAAGGUGGAGGGUGGCCGAAUGUAGGGUGGCAAAAUCUCAAAAAGUAGUUGCUAUGAAGUUCUGUAAGAGACAGCACGAAAGACAACAUGGCAGCAGCAGAAGCAGCAACUUCACAAAUCAUUUUGAAUCAGAACAAUCAGAGCCAUGUAGAGUUGGAUGUGCGGUCGAUUGCGUGUUGUCGCAGUGGUCGGUCUGGUCCACUUGCUCCCAAACUUGUGGCCUUGGUUACAGAAGCAGGAGCCGUGAAAUUUUAUUGAAGUCAGACAAUGGCGGAAGUGACUGUCCGUUGAAUUUGCACGAGAGGAUGGUCUGCAGUUACGAGGAAUGUUUUCGCUGGAUGCCAGUCAGCUAUGCCGCCUGCUCAGUGCAUAAACACACGUGCGGUUACGGCCACCAAAAGUUGAAGUUCAAAUGUUUGCAACUAAAAACCGACGAUGAUGAAGAUGGCGGUGAUGGUGGGGUGGGGUUUUAUAAAGAAGUUGAUCAACAAUUAUGCUCUCUUAAUCAUUUGCCUUACGGGUUGAAACUUUACAGAGAAUGUUACGUUCCUUGUCCAACCGAGUGUCUAGUUGGCCGAUGGUCGUCAUGGAGUUCUUGUCACGUGACUUGCACUAAGUCAAAUCAGCCUAUGAAAAGAUACGGCACACAGGCCAGGUACAGGGCCGUCGUGAGGGUUGGCCCCCCGUCAGCCAACAGCGAUGAUGUUCAUGACGACAGUGCGUGCAGACGUGUGGUCACAAUGGAGACCAGAUUAUGCAUCGUUGACAGAACAACGUGCCAACGCAGCCCUCGCUUCUAUUGGUCCGUCGGCAGAUGGGAGGGGCUUAGAAGGAGCAUCACGUGCGUAGACGAGAAAGGUCGACAAGUUCAAGGUGGAUGCUCGCCGUCCUGGAAGCCAUCAUCCGACUACCGAGAAUGCUCGAUGAAUUGUGAAUCUGCCAACUCGACGUGUCUGCAGAGCGGCGGGUGCGCAUGUCUGAGGAGGGGGCACGCCCCUGCAAGUCAUCAUUCGGCCAGGAACCCUCAACGCCACUUCCUACUGGUUCCCUGUGCAGGACCAACAGUUAGCAAAGUAAAAGAUGAUGCAUGGAGGGCAGGGAGUCAGUUUGACGACUCCAGCAGAUUUCUUGAUCAUAAUCUUCUACAUGCACUAGCCAACUUCUCAACACAAUAUUCGGACGAGGAGGUGGUUCUAGCAAAUGGUUGGACCGUGGGGGUUGCAUCAGUUGGUUUGUUCUUCAUGGUCAUAUUGGUCGUCGCAAUCGUUUACAUUUGCCGACGAUCAACUUCACUGAACGAAGUUAUAGUCGUGAUGGAAGUUGACAACUCACAGCAGCUGAACAUGGUCUACAGUUGGAAUAACAAGAGGAGGUCUGUCAGUUCGUAUUCAGUUAUCACACGUUGGCAGAUGUCGAUAGAGCUCUAA